ACUUUGACAAACUUUAUAUAAUUUUGCGUGCCGCACAUCUUUCAGUACUGCAGCGCAAUUUCACAAUGUUUCGUAUUUUGGCUGUGAACAACCGCCUGGCUGUGGCCAACGGUCAUGGAAAACGAAUGGUUUCGACCGGUGCGUCGCUGUGCAACUCCAACGACCGACCUCCGACGCCGAUGAUCGACCUGGAGGAUAAGUCGAUCCCGAUUCCCGAGUAUAAAGAGAAGAAAAACGAACCUCUUCAGCUGCAAAAGUCAAGAUUGCUGUAUCAAUCCCGCAAACGUGGUAUGCUGGAGAAUGGCCUGCUAUUGAGCACAUUCGCGGCUAAGCACCUGCAAGCGAUGGAUGCAGCACAGACGAAACUGUACGAUCGGCUCAUCAACCUACCAUCGAACGAUUGGGACAUUUUCUACUGGGCCACAGGCGUCAAACCGACUCCCAAGGAGUACGACAAUGAAAUCAUGAACAUGCUCAAGGAACACGUUAAGAACAACAACCGAGAGCAGCGUUUUAUGCAGCCUGAUUUGUAUGCCAAAGCAAAUUAAACAUAUUAAUUGUUGAUUAUUUAUUCACUAAUACACGAACCCUAGCGCGUAGACAAAAACAGAAAUAGUUAU